CAAUGGGCCCUUUUUUAAAGAAGAAACACUUUUUCAUAAACCAUGCCUUUUGGAUUAAAAGUACCUUCCAAGAACACACUAAUUUUCAGUGGUGUUGCAGGUGGCAUUGCAGGUCUUGUCUAUUCCAGUAAUAAAUAUGCCCAAGAUGCCAGAACAAGAUUUGCUCAACGAGUUUCUUUUCUCGCUGACAGACCUUGUGGUGUCCAUGAAAUGCCUCGUAAAGUCACAGUGUAUAUUACUGCACCACCUGGUGAUGGACUUGAAAAGAGUCGAACUUGGUUUCGUGAAUAUGUCAAGCCUAUUCUUGUUGCAGGUGCUGUCGAUUACGAAAUUAAAGAAGCUAAAUCACCUGGCCAAAUCGAAACUUCUGUCAUGGAAGAAAUCGUUCAACGUCGUCGUGAAGCCGCCGAAGCAGCAAGUAAUGCAGAAUCAACCGACCAUGAACAAUUAGAACACAAGUCCAACACAGGUUUUACAACACCUGUGAAUAACAUGAGCAACAAGAAGAAAAGUGAAGUGGUAUCCGAUGGGAUUUUAGGGAUAGGUAGAAAUGCGUAUCGUGAAGUGCUUUGCGCAUUAGGCAAGGGAUGAGAUUUUAUUCUUGCUGUGUUUGCAGAGGUGCGUCUUUUUGAAGUGUAAGGACAUAGAGAAGACAAAGGAUGAGACAUCUUUUAUUGCAGAGGAAACAUUGAAAAUGUUAAAAGCCACAUCAUUCAAGAAUUUGACAAUUUCUUGCUUCUGCUUGAGUUUUCACA